AUGCUGGAUACAACGGUCGUUGAGCCCUCCUGCGAAGUUGAAGCGCGUGUGCUUGGAACUAUCCCACUAGAGCUACCUCCAGGUGAUGAGCUGUCCCGCAAGCUGUUCAGAUUUGAAGCUGAAGUCCACCCUCCAUCACUUGAGGUACUGCCCGGCAUCAUCGACCCCGAGGUACUGGUGAGCACGUCUGAUGUCAGGCUAGCUGUUUCACUCUUGCCUAGACUUCUCGACUGGCUCGACGACGAUACAACCAUGCUCGAGGAUGUUCCCCGGGAGUCUUCGCUGCUGGAUCGUGAGACUUCAAUCGAGUUUGAAGAAUUAGACUCGUCUUGUGACACUAUAUGGGAGGACUGUGAUCCGGGAGCCUGGGUUGUUGUUAUCAUUGGCGUUGUGACCUGGUUCGGUGAAGUAACAGCGCUAGAGCUUGCAACAGUGGAGGUCAGUGGAGGUGAAGCCAAGGCAGUCGAGAAGCUUGAGGUGGUGGAGCUGGCAAAACUGCUACUAAACGAUGCGGUCUGCUGUGUGGCAGUCGAACUGAGGCUUGGUAGACUUGAGCUGGUGCUGAUGUUGGAUGUUUGCUGUGCUGUCGACGAAGCAGAGAAACUGCUGCUCGACGAUGAAACAGAAGAACCACUGCUGGUGCUGGUGCUGGUGCUACCACUGCUGGUGCUGGUGCUGGUGCUACCACUGCUGGUGCUGGUAGUGCUGGUGCUGGUGGUGCUGGUGGUGCUGCUGGAUAGGGAUGAGCUGUUGGAUGGAGGUGAGCUGCUACUGCUAGUCGAUGACGAAAUAAGUGAGCUGCUGCUGGAAUGGCUCGGAAAAGAUGAGCUGAAUUGGGUCGUUACUGUCCUGGAACUCGCCGUCGUCGAUGAAGAUAUCCCCGUGCUGGAAGGCAGAGAGCUUCCACCACUUCCAACUUGCGCCGAAGUGGCCAAAGAAGUUGUUGUCAAGGACGAAGAGGUGGUUGUUGUCUUUGUAGAUGUCCUUGACGCUGCAGCAGCUGCUGCGGCCGAUGAGCUGGAUAGAAAGUUGCAGUACGAUGCUGACGAGGUCAGGCAGGUACAGGCGCUGGAGAUCUGA